CUCGCUACGUUCACGGUAUUCAGUGUCGCAUCGUGCGUAGAUGGUGACGGUUCGUCUAAGAGGAACGUACCGAUAAUCCGAGAAGCCGAGUCGCCAUUCGCUGGGGGUGACGAAGAGAAUUCGCGAGCAGAAUUUCUCGUCGCGCCCUAGCCGGGUGUAGACGUCUCGGGGGAAAAGCGGGAAAAUUCGAUCACUCAGCCGUAACUGACACUAUGGCGAAUUUGAGACAGACUCCGCUGACGUGUAGCGGACACACAAGGCCUGUGGUGCAUCUUGCGUUCUCCGACGUCACGGAAUCUGGGUAUUACCUGAUCUCGGCCUGCAAAGAUGGGAAACCUAUGCUACGUCAAGGGGAUACUGGAGACUGGAUUGGAACAUUUGAAGGACACAAAGGAGCGGUGUGGGGUGUUGCGUUGAACCCUGAGGCUACUAGAGCUGCUUCGGGUGCUGCUGAUUUUAAUGCUAAAGUCUGGGAUGCUAUUAAAGGAGAAGAAAUUUAUUCCUUUCAACACAAACAUAUAGUCAAGUCUGUCAAUUUUAGUACUGAUUCCAAUUUCUUGUGUACCGGAUCCAAUGAGAAACUUGUACGAAUUUAUGAUCUCAACAAACCAGAAGCAGCUCCACAGGUUUUCUCAGGUCACAGAAAUGGUAUAAGACAUGUUACUUUUUUCAAUAAUAACACUCAAUUAAUAACCUGUGCCGAUGACAAAACAUUAAGAGUCUGGGAUAGAAAUAGUGGUCAGGAAAUAAACUGGUUAGAUUUUCCAGCAAUUCCAAGUUCUAUGGAAGUGUCUAGGGAUGGAAACAUAAUUACAACUACUCAUUCCAACAUAGUCAGUUUUUGGAAUAGUAGAGAUUUAACCAAAUUACGAGAAUACGUUGUACCAACUCAAAUGAAUAGUGCCAGUUUACAUCCAGAUUGCAGUAUUUUUGUAUGCGGUGGGGAGGACCUGAAAAUGUACAAAUUUGACUACAGUACAGGAAUAGAGAUCGAAUCAUUUAAAGGGCAUUUUGGGCCAGUCCAUUGCGUACGUUUUUCACCAGAUGGUGAACUAUACGCAAGUGGCUCCGAAGAUGGUACACUGAGAUUAUGGCAAACGACUGUUGGCAAAACUUAUGGUCUUUGGCGAUGUAUAGAACAAGCACCCAUAAUGCAAGAUAAUGCUGCUGUGCUUAAUAAUAAACAAGAAGUUUCUGCCAGUUAAAAGUCAGGGAAUUCAUGAUUAGUGGAACAAAAAAAAAUACUUUGACAGUGGAAAACAGACACUUACUGAGUGGAAGUGAAAUAGGACAGCAAGGAAAGAAUCUCGAAAUUUUACUAGCUGGUAAUUGUCAUAGCUCUGUAAAUAUGGGGGAUCUCUGUAAACUAAGCUCCAUUCUGAAUCAGGCUGUUGCACGUGAUACUCUGGAGAAGACUUAAAAAGCGGACCAAACUUCAUGGUAGUCUGAUAGGACAUGGAAGUGUGGGACAUGCCGUUCACUAUUUAUUACAAGGAAAAAAGAAAAGAAACAAUUAACAUUUAUUAGUGUUAUACAUGCCCAUUAUUAUAACUACAAAAUUAGAUGAAGGUGUAACGAGAGAAAGAAAAGGAAACUCGACAUGAAAUUUUGUGUUCGCAUUUGUUAUUUUGCAAUAAUAAUUACUAUACAAGUAUAAAAACGUUCUGUCUGGUACACUGCCAGUGUAUCUCCCUCUAAAAACACACGUAUCACUCAUCCAACCAAUGUAAUAUAAUAUUCACAUUUCAUCCCUUCAACAAUGUCACAAUAUUUCCAAACACCGUGACAAUUUAUUGGUAUCAUCUUUGUCUUCGCUUAGUAAGUACGUACUACGAGAUUACUGUACAAAUUUUUUUUUAACUGACAAUGACACCUUUUACACAGCUACAAUGAGCGAGAAAAAAUUUUUAUACACUACUUUCUGCUGCUGACAUAUUACAUUUCUUAUAAAGGGACUGCCAGAGUUCGGGCACUCAUUUGAAGUGGGACUAA